AUAGGCGAGAUUCCGUGCGCACGAACGAGUCUGCUAAACGGGAUUGCCAGUGGGGUAGGCAUCGGGUUUAUUCGUGGGUUUAACGUCCGUCCGUUCGCCGCUUGCAAUUGGGCGGUAGGAACGUUCAUGCUGGUCUCUCUUGGCACCUGGACCAUAUGCCAAAACAACAUACAACAGGAACGGCGGAAGAUACAGCAGGUUGUCGAGGAACUCCCAAAGCGCAUGAUUAAGAAGCAGGAUGCAGACUCCAAAGGAUCGUCGUAA